AUGCGCAUCGUCAAUUUUGCCUCGACUGUUUUGAUUAUGGGCUUCACAAGUGUCUGCUGCUCGCCGGUAGCAAAGUCGACGGGUGACGUUCGGAUUGCUGCAGCUGGAAGCCCGCAAUAUUACAUGUCCCUUUCUGGCUAUGCUGGCGUAUGGCCAACUGGAUUCACCUUCGAACUUGCCUUUGACCCUGCGCAAUCGUACUACGGCGCAUUGAUGCUCUGCAACAACGAUGUCAAAGGAUCUACGUGCGGCGCAGUGUACCUCGGUCAUGGUGGCACUGGUGAUGCUCGCUGGUCAGAUUGGCGGUUCUUUGGACCCUUUUACGAUCUCAAUGCCCACCUGUUGCACAAGGCCGAUGGCACGAUGACCGGUUGGACGCUUCAAAGAGGCUCCUUGCACGGCCGAUACAUUCAAAACAUGGCACUUACGAAUGUUCAGAGCCACACGCCGAUUCCUUACCUCCCUUGA